GUCUUUUUAAAAUACAAAUGAAAUAGUAAAACGAAAACAACAUAAUGUAAAUGCUGCCUCAAACACUCGCAUCGUUUACAUAAAAGGAGAACCAAAUUCUGUGCUGCAGCAAAGGAAUUUUGCCAUUGCAGAAAACAAAAAAAAAACGAAAACGAAAAAAUACAGUGCGAUCUACGUCACAGAAUUGUGCGAAAGUGUGAGUGAGACGGCCUGCUGCCUGCCUGCACCCCCGGAAAUGUAACGCACGACACACACACACAUACGCACGCAUACGCUCACUCGCACAUAAACACGAAGGCAUAAGAAAAACUUGCACCUGAAAGUUUUGUUCGUGACUUCGUGGCGCGCCUUCGUGUGCGCUCGUGCGUCGUUGCACCAACUGCCGAACGAGGCCAAACAGAAAUUCUCUCGAGUACAAAAGGCUAAGGCAAACGCAACGCCCGUCAACGCAGCUCUUCACGUGCAGCCAUAUAAAGACGACCAGCAGCAGCAGCAGCAGCAUGGACUCGCUUAAAUUACCCAAAACCAACAGCGCCACUAGCAGCGCCAGCGGCAGCAACAGCAAUCUUUCCGGCUCGGCAUCCACUUCUGUUGUUGGUAGCCUGGCCACCACGCCCACAUCGGCUGUGCCGCCCACGGUGGCUGCCACAAUAAAGACACCACCUGGCUUAAGCAGCAGCACACCCAUUGCGGUCCGCUUCAAUGCCAAUCAGGAGUCGCUCGGUGACAUACUCCAAUCGUUCCAUCACAGCACAUCAGCGCAUCAGCACAGCAGCCACAGCCACAGCCCCAGUGGCGGCAUUAGCGGCGGUGGCGAUGCCUCGCCCACUCUGCUGGGCAUGAAGAAUAAUGGAAGCGUGGGCGCUGCCCUUGGCAUGUUGGUGAAUCCCUGUGACUCGCAUUCGCUCUCCAGCAGUCCCUCACAGCAGCAGCAGCAGCAGCAGCAGCAACAACAGCAGCAGCAUCUACAUCAGCAGCAGCAGCAGCAGCAACUCUUUGCUAACGAGGAGGUGAAUCUGCGCAACAAUUAUCUGCAAGGCGGCGCUGGCGGGAACAAUGGCGGAGGCGGUGGCGGAGGCUUCUUCAAUCGCAAAAGAUCGGGCAGCAUUGAGGGAGUAUCGCCGACCACGAGUGGUCCCAAUUUGAUAUCGACGCUGUCUAGCAGCGUGACAGCUGCUGCUGGUGGCAGCGGCACCGGCACCGGCACCGGCACCGUCAUUGACAGCGGUGCCGCUCCAGUUGGCACCUGGAAGCUAAUCAAGGGCAAGGUCUCGCAAACUAUCGAAGAGAUUAAAUCGUCCAAACAUCAUCAGCCGCAGCAGCACACGUCAAGUGUCAUUCCAGUUAUUGUAGCUGAGCCGACGACAACAGUUGGCUGGACCAACGACGCGGACUCCGACACGGAGUGCAUAACGAUCAAUACAACAAGCAUUGCCGAGGAGGUCGCUCUCGUAGAGAAGCAGCACAACUCUGACUCGGAUCCAGAGAUUGAGCUGGUAGACAGCACUUCCCUGGGAGGCACCGACAUUGGUGUUUUGCCUGUUGCCAUUUCAACAGAGCGGUCGCGCUUGCGACGCGGCAUUGCACACAUCAAGUCUCGGGUGAAGGCCAAGCAACAAGCCGCUAUGACUAAGAAGGACCAGGGCACGAGCACCAGUUCCGAUUAUGUACGUGGCAGCUUUCUGCGACGUCGCAAUCCACCCGAAGACCAAACUGAUCAAGCCAAGACGGCGCAGGACAGCAGCAAUGCACCCGAAAUACCUGUGGUCUGUGGGAAGGCAAAGCGUGGUAUUUUGCUUGCUACCAAGGAUGCGGAAAUCGAGUCUGGCGUUGAGAUGCUCGAGGACAUGGCGCCCACAACAAGCGCAGCAGCCAAUUCAACAGCGCAGCCAGCUGGAAGUGUUCAGUUCAAUGAUGAUCCUGUCACUAAGCGACGAAGUGCAUUAGAGUUGCCUUUGACAAAUGACACGCUCUCACAGGCCUCACUGCAAACCAAUUCGAUAUCUGCCCGGAACCAAGAUGGUCAAGAGGCGAGUUUCAGCAGUAGAUUCGGUAUUGGUACUGCAGCUCGUCCCCUCCUGUUUUUGGGCGCCAGCGUAAUUGUGGUGCUGGUGUUGCCAAUUAAAGAUUUUUGGCGGGGCGUCCUAGCCAGCACAUUGUUCAUUGGCACGAUCAAUUACUUGAGCGUCUAUAUACGGUAUGUGGUUGACACUCUGCUGUUUAGCACACAUCCGGAGCGUCGUCCUUUCCAGAUACCCAACUAUGAGGGUAUGCCCAUAUGUGAAAUACCCGCCGCCGAGGAGCACAAGACCAUCAAGACAUAUGCGGGUUGGAUGAAUGAGUGCGACAGCUAUGAUCCCAGUACGUUUUCCGUCUCCAUGACCAGGGCAGUCUAUGUACGACUGGAUGGCACUGCCUUGAAGAUCUCUAGCACCAAUGCGCGCAUACCCAAGCGCCGCAUGUGGAACGAGAAACCCAUCGAUCGCUCCAAGAUUGUAUUUGUCGAUCAUCGAUCUUAUGAUAUGCGCGACGCACGCCUCGAGCUAUUACCCGUGGGUCUGGCCAGAAAGCGCUUCUUCAAUCGCAAAUAUCCCAUACAGUUGAUCCUCAAUAACGCCGGAAGUACCAUGCAAACACCAGGGGAUGAUGACGAUACUGCGGAUACUUAUCCCACUACAUUUCCUUCGACACCCAACCAGGUUAAUGAAACCAUCAAACCUCUCGAGUUUGCCAAUACAGUUAUGUUAGCUGAUCUACGUCAGCUUCAUAGAGUUCGCACACCCGAUAAUGACUUGAAGGAUAUAACCAUGCCAUGUGGCGAUGAGGUACGCCUGAUUCUUUUUGCGCGUUGCGAUCGGGAGAAGGAGGAUUGGUAUCGUCGCUUCCGGGCCGCUAGUCGUGGCUACGUGCACGAAUCAGAGCUGCAGGUACCCAUGACACAAUUUGUAGAAGAAAGCGAUUUGCAGGCAGUCGCCGCGCAACAGGCCAUUAAUCUAACCAAGGGCUCUAAGAGCAAUAUACGUUAUAGGGAAAGCGAUGAAAAUUCACUGAUGUCCAAUGAAACAGGCACCACUACGCCCGAUGUCAUGGAAGAGACAUUAGAUGUGGAUGCAUCGCCCGACCCCGAUAACGAGGGCUAUGAAGGCCUCAUCAUGAGCGCUGAUGUGGCCCGAAAUCCGGCGGAUUAUGUCAAAUUCAUGGCGACUUACCAGAGAGCUUGCACUCAAAGUACAAUUCCUGUCAAACGUCCGCACAAUCACAGACACGGAAGUCACCAUAAAAAAAACCGAAGGUCUAGGCGGCAGGAAAACGAGUUAUGGAAGGGCAUAGAUCAAUCUCUCUUUCUGGGCCCUUCUGGCAGCGUGGUCUGGGCGAACGUGCUGAUGGGUCGCUGCCUCUUCAGUUGUCUACAUAACAAUGAACUUCGCCUCAAGAUACAGGAAUUUAUGCAAAAGAAACUGAAUUCCAUAAAGCUGCCCAGUUUCAUGGAAGAGGUGGUCAUAACCAAUAUAUAUUUGGGUGAAUCACCAAUGCUGUUCCAUCGCAUAUCGCAGCCAAUGCUGGAUGAGCGCGGUGUUUGGCUGGAUGCGGAUAUCACCUACGAGGGCUUCGCCAAUAUUACAGUGACCACUAAAUUGAAUUUGUUGCGCGUGCGCAGCAAACCAAAAGCAUCGCCGCUCAAUCCGGAUGCAGCAGCACAGGAUUUAGCAGGGGAAUCACGCGGUGCUCCCGACGAUGCUCAACAGGAUGGCAGUCAGUCGAUCUUUGACAGCGAUGCCGAGAGCACGGGUGGCUCCUCAACGGAAACGGAGAGUAUGGCAUCGGGCGCAACUGUGGAAAAUACAAAUAAUGCCGAGUUCUUUCAAAAUUCGCCGGGCAAUGCUCGUCGCAUCUUUAAGAUUGUGGAUCGUAUAGCCACGUCGAAUAUAUUCCAAUAUGCCUCAGAGCUGCCGUACGUCCAACGAGCCAUGGAGAAUAUGAGUGCGAAUAUUACGUUGCGGGUGGAUCUGAAGGGCUUGGUGGCAAGAGGCACAUUGAAUAUACCGCCACCGCCAUCAGAUCGCAUCUGGAUGUGCUUUCGAGGUCCGCCUCGUCUGUGGAUAUCGACGAAACCGCAAGUGGGCGACAAGUCAGUGGAUUGGUCCAUUGUAACGAAUGUGAUUGAGAGCAAGCUGUGCGAGGCAGUUAAUAAGUUUUUAGUCUAUCCCAAUAUGGUCGAUUUUUCAAUACCAUUCCUGGCCAAGCCGAACUAUGGCGAAGACCUGCCUGCUUAGUUAACCAUAGAAAUGUUUGUUUUAUUAUUUGGCCCCCACAAUAAUAAUAAAUGUAGACAUUUUCUAAACGUAUUUCAAGCUGAAUUGAACACAACAAUGUGUCUAAACGAAUUUUACGGGCUUAGCUUUGGUUCCGAUCUCGCUUAAGUGUUUUACCAUAUAAAUGUACUUAACGAUAAAUUCCAAAUAUUUAUUCCUAAAAACCUGAUCUUUUAUCUCA